AUGAUUAUUGCAGGCUUUACUGGCCAGCUUCGUGGUUGGUGGGAUAACUAUCUAUCUGUUGAAGAAAAGGCAACGGUUAUUAAUUCGAGCGUUGUUGACGAAGGGGUUGAUAAUAUAGGCAUGGCUCUAGUUAAAGGAAGAGAAAAUGCUAUUUAUACCCUUAUCCUUACAAUUCUAGAAUAUUUUAACGGUGUGUGUACACAAGAAGGAUUAUACUUGUGUAAUGAGCUGAAGCUUGCUAGACAGCUUAAGAUUGAUAAGCUUAAAGAGAAAUCUCAAUUAGGUGACUUAUGUACCCAGUUCGGUUUACCCGGAACCUCUACUCAAAAAUGGACCCUUCAUGGUCCACCAGAGGCAGAGUUAAAGGAAAUAAAAGUUUCAAAGUUUAGUUCAUCAUCUUCAGGGCCUUGCGUCCCGGCCUUAAAGGUACUGAAACAGCUAGAUCUGGAUAGUCGUGCGGACUACCGCAACCCUGAUAGCCCGUAUAAGAAAAAGAGGUCUAGAUAUAGGUCUAAGGAAGAGCACGAUACUAGAAAAGCGCAUCGGAAAUCAACUCGAUUUACGAAGAAUAGAUCAAAGAGAGAUCUCAUUGAUAUUAAGUGUUAUAAGUGUGGAGAAUUUGGGCAUAUCGCUCCAAAUUGCAAGCUUCAAAAGCUAAAGGCCUUAGAAGUAGAUGAUGGGUUACGUGACAAAGUUUAUAACUUGUUAUACACUUCCGGAUCAGAUUCUGAUUAUACUUAUUCUGAGACUGAGUUCAUGGAAGAUAUUCCAGAGAUACCUAAUUAA